UCAAGAGGCGCGCGGCUGGGCGGCGGCGGAGGGGGACAGCGCGCGGGGGGGGAUGAGCCUCCACACCGACACACUGAGGAGAGGAGGCAGGACCAUGGCGGCCGUCUGACAGUCCUCACGCCGCCGGGAGAAAAAAAAGAACAUCUGCUGCGGGCCUCAGACCCCAGCCCCCAGUUACAGGUGUCCCCGCCCCUCCAGGUCCCGCCAUGGGGAAGGACUACUACCAGACCCUGGGGAUCCCCAAGGCCUCCAACGAGGAGGAGAUCAAGAAGGCGUACCGCCGCAUGGCGCUGCGCUUCCACCCCGACAAGAACAAGGAGGCCAACGCCGAGGACAAGUUCAAGGAGGUGGCCGAGGCGUACGAGGUCCUGAGCGACCCCAAGAAGAGGGCGGUCUACGACCAGCUGGGGGAGGAAGGCCUGAAGACGGGGGGUAGUGGCUCCUCCGGGGCCCCGGGGGGCUCCACCUACCACUACACCUUCCACGGAGACCCCCACGCCACCUUCGCCUCCUUCUUCGGGGGCUCCAACCCCUUCGACAUGUUCUUCGGCUCGCGGACCCACGGCCACCCGGGCCGGCCCAACGGCUUCCCGUUCCAGGGGGGGGGCGGGGGGGGGGACCACCACCACGUCCACAACGAGGGCGAGCAGGACAUGGGCGACCUCGACGAGGACGACCCCUUCGGACACUUCCGGCAGUUCGGCUUCCCCACGGCGGGGGGUCUGAACAACGGGUUCCCGCCCGGCGAGGGCCGGCGGAGACGCGGGGGAGGGGGCCACUCGGACCGCCUGGGGACGCACCGGCGGCAGCAGGACCCCCCCGUGCUGCACGAGCUGAAGGUCUCCCUGGAGGAGGUGUUCCACGGCUGCACCAAGCGCAUGAAGAUCACACGGCGCCGCCUCAACCCCGACGGCCGCAGCUCGCGCACCGAGGACAAGAUCCUGAACAUCGUCAUCAAGAAGGGCUGGAAGGAGGGCACCAAGAUCACCUUCCCCAAGGAGGGCGACGAGACCCCCGACAACAUCCCCGCCGACAUCGCCUUCGUGCUCAAGGACAAGGGCCACGCCCACUUCCAGAGGGACGGCUCCAACAUCGUCCACAGCUGCAAGGUCACCCUUAAGGAGGCUCUGUGUGGGUGCACAGUCAGCAUCCCCACCCUGGAUAAGCGUGUCAUCGCGCUGCCCUGCCAUGACAUCAUCCGCCCGGGCACGGUGAAGCGGCUGCGGGGGGAGGGGCUGCCCUUCCCCAAGAACCCCUCGCAGCGCGGCGACCUCAUCGUGGAGUUCUCCGUCCACUUCCCCGACCGCAUCCCGCCCCAGUCCCGCGAGAUCAUCCGACAGCACCUCCCUCAGUCGUAGAACACGACGCACACACAGGCACACAGGAACACACACCGGACCACCCCCCAUCUCCACCCCCCCCCCCACGAGGACAAGGACGCGCCCGAAC